AUGUCUUCCCUUCCCCCCGUUUACAUCGUUUCCACCGCCCGUACCCCCGUGGGCUCAUUCCUUGGUUCUCUUUCCAGCCUCACUGCUCCUCAGCUUGGUUCCCAUGCCAUUAAGGCCGCCGUCGAGCGUGCCGAGGGUGUCAAUGCCUCCGAUAUUGAGGAGGUCUUCUUCGGAAAUGUCCUGUCUGCUGGUGUUGGCCAGAACCCUGCUAGACAGUGCUCCAUUGGUGCUGGUCUCCCCGACUCGACGGUCUGCACUACCGUGAACAAAGUCUGUGCUUCCGGCUUGAAGGCCGUCAUUCUUGGUGCCCAGACCAUUAUGACUGGUAACGCCGAUAUCGUUGUCGCCGGUGGUACCGAGUCCAUGUCCAACACUCCUCACUACCUCCCCAACCUCCGUACCGGUGCCAAGUAUGGAAACCAGAGCCUCGUUGAUGGAAUCAUGAAGGAUGGUCUUCAGGAUGCCUACGGCAAGCAGGAGCUCAUGGGUCUCCAGGCUGAGGAGUGUGCUCAGGACCAUGAGUUCAACCGCCAGCAGCAGGAUGAGUAUGCCAUUCGCACCUACGAGAAGGCUCAGGCUGCCCAGAAGGCCGGUGUGUUCGAUUAUGAAAUUGCUCCCAUUGAGAUCCCCGGCUUCCGUGGCAAGCCCGGCGUCACCGUGUCACAGGACGACGAGCCCAAGAACCUCAACCCUGAUAAGCUUCGCAACAUGAAACCUGCCUUCAUUCCCGGAAGCGGUACCGUGACUGCUCCCAACUCGUCCCCUCUCAACGAUGGUGCCGCCGCUGUUGUCCUAGUUUCCGAGGCCAAGGUCAAGGAGCUCGGCCUCAAGCCCAUUGCCAAGAUCUGCGGAUGGGGUGAUGCUGAGCAGCAGCCUAGCAAGUUCACUACUGCUCCCGCUUUGGCCAUUCCCAAGGCUCUCAAGCACGCUGGCGUGACCCAGGAGUCUAUUGAUGCCUUCGAGAUCAACGAGGCCUUCAGUGUUGUUGCCCUUGCUAACAUGAAGAUUCUCGGUCUCUCCGAGGAUAAGGUCAACAUCCACGGUGGUGCCGUCGCUAUUGGCCACCCUCUGGGUGCCAGUGGUGCCCGUAUCCUGGCUACCCUGAUUGGUGUCCUGAAGGCUAAGCAGGGCAAGCUUGGCUGCAUUGGCAUUUGCAAUGGUGGCGGUGGUGCCAGUGCUCUGGUGAUCGAGUCUCUGCUCUAA